AUGGGGGACUCGGAUAAUUGGGGGCAUGAUUACUUAGAAGAGCACGAGUCUUAUCACACCGAGGAGUUCGGUGGACCUGACCCUUAUCUAGCCCCUGGCCACCCAAACACCAGACCUCCAACACCCGAGACUCUCCCUCAUGCCUACCCGGCAAUGAGAUUUCUCUUUGAGAAUGUCCGGCGCCUGAAGAAUGAGCAGCAGCGCAACCACCAACCCCUCUGGGCGAAGCCACGACCUGGGCCCUUUACCGAACACAUCCUUAAUUACCACCAGGAGAAGGAAAUCCAGCCCCUCCGCAUCGCCUUCUACACUGGCACAGAGAAUCCCCUCACCCACAUACAUUCUUUCCAAUCUGCCCUGGGGUGCAAAGGCUUAACCGACGAAGGCAUGUGCCUCCUCUUCCCAUCCACUCUCAGCGGUGUGGCCCUGAAUUGGUUCUUCAGGCUGAGCCCCCGCACCAUCAAUAUGUUUGACAGUCUGAAGCAGGCCUUCCUGGACCAUUUCAUGAUCCAGACUGAUCGCCUCUACUCCCCGGACGACCUGUACAUGCUUAGGCAGGGUGAGGAUGAGCCCCUUCGGGAGUAUGCAGCCAGGUUCAGCCACGAGUACUCCCGCUGCCCAGAGACCGAUGAUCAUGCCACCUUUGGUGCUUUCAAGAGUGGCAUCCGAGAGUCCAACUUUCGAUACUUAGUGCACAACAACCCUUGGAACACAUAUGCUGAAUUAAUGAAGUAG